UUUGACAAACAAAAAAUCAAGAGAGAAACAUACAAUUACCAAUUUGAUCCACAGAUAAAUCAAUUGUUAAAAAGUAAUUAAAUACUACUAUUGGGCCAGGCCUGCAAAAUAAAGACCCUCAGACAUCGAAACCCUGAGAGUGAGAUCCAAUACUUGUUCUGUUCUGCAAAUCGCUUCUGGUCCCUGGAGUCUGGAGAUCUCAUCCUUUCCCACCGAUUCCGUCCCGAUAAAACGAUGAUCGAUGAUCAGGACUUGGGGUUUAUUGCCAACUUUCUUGGCAUCUUCAUCUUCGCAUUGGUAAUUGCUUAUCACUACGUAACUGCUGAUCCCAAAUACGAAGCCACUUGAGUGAUGAUAUUUUAGAAUGAUGUAAGGCUUUUUAGUUUAUACUAGUAUUAUCUGUGUUUCAAACUGAGAAGAGAUAAUAACAGUCUUUGUUGAGAUGAUAAUGUUUUCAAGAUGUUCCUAAUCCAUUUCACAUCUUCUCAAUUUUAUAUGCAUGUGCAUAUAUAUGUUCCCUCCAAUUAUGUUGUUCGAAUGUUUGAUGAAACUUUGAAUUUUUUUCUUUAAGCAAAAAAAAAUCUCAAACACCAA